AUGCCUAAGGUAAUAAAACCCCACCGCCACCGCCACCAUCUUUGGCGGCACCAGGUACAGCACAAACGCCACUACGAGACACAGCCCCACAAAUAUCCCCGUGGCCCGUGGGUCCCGCCACGCCACAAGCGCCUGCACCCUCUCCCCCUGCGCCGCCACGACCCCCAACAGAACCUGCGCCCGCGCCCCCAUCACCCUCAGCUUAUUGUACCUCACCCGCACCUCGCUCGGCCCCACGCAGUCGAACUCCUCGUCCAGCUCCUCGCGCUCCACACACUCGGCCAGCGACAGCUUCGGGUCGAAAUGCGGCAACGCGGAUUUCGGCCGGAACCUAUCCGGGAACCAGACGAGCAUCACGAGGAGGGCGUGAACGAGCACCGUGGCCGUCGGGUUCCUCCACGAGCGCGUCUCGUCGACCCACUUGAACAGCUCGAUCACGCCGGUCAUCAUGUUGAUUAUUCUAAACCAGUUUGCUCGGACCUUGCGCAUGCUGAACGUGCUGGAGUCGGAGUCGAGCAUGUGGGCCACCACCUCGGGACAGAGGGGCGGCUCCGAGCGGGAGAGGUGGGCCGAAACUAUCCUCACGGCCGCCGACCUCAGGGUUUCUUGCUGCACGAGUGGCCUCAGGUGGUGCAUGGCCGGCAGCAGGGGCUGGGAGUAGACGUGCAGGAGGUCGAGGGUGGGGCCCGCGCGCGUGAACCUGACCGCCAGCUCAAUCUCACCCAUUUUCUUGAGCCCUGCCCGGGAUAG